GGAUAAUAAUCACCCACCUCCCAGGGUGGUUGUGAGAAUCAAGUGAGAUAAUUGUGCAGUGCUUAGCUUAGUACCGGGCACAUGGUCGUCCCUAUACAAAUGUUACAUGUUAUUAUGUUUCCUUAUGAGCUCUCUAGGAUAGGGUAUUCUCACAGUUCAGCGUAAGUGUUUUUAACUCUCUCGCUUCAUCUGAGUCCUGUACUUCUCUGAAUUUCCCAUACCAAUUUGGAUUUGUGGUGCAGUGAUUUUCCAUUACAUUCAAGUGCAAAAUUGUUCACAAAAGCCACGUAUAGAUGUCAGUCAGAAACCAUUUAUUUACCGUCUGCCAUGGCACAGUGCCAAGCACUGAGGGUACAAAGAAAGGCAAAAGACAGUGCCCACUGUCAAGGAGGUCACAGCCUAGUGGGAGCUCUAUGCAGGAUGACUGUAAUCAUUAACAGGGAAGGCACUAGAAUUGGGGGGAUCUGCAAAGGCUUCCUGUAGAAGGCAGGUUUUUAGCUGGGCCUGGAAGGAAACCAGGAGGCAGAGAUGAGGAGGGACAGUAUUGCAAGCAAGCAUGAGGAAAUGCCCCGAGUCAGGAGACUGGGUUGAAGGAGCAACAAGGAGGCCAAUGUCGCUGGAUCCAGAGUACAUGGGGGACUGGAAAGGGCUUUUUUUUUUGGGGGGGGGAGGUAGGUUACGAAGGUCUUGAAGGCCAAACAGGAUCUUACAUUUGAUCCUGGAGGUCAUAGGGAGUUUACUGAAUUGGGGGAGGGGAGACUGGGGGGGCCACCAUGGCGGUUAGAAUGACAUGAUCAGACGAACUUUAGGAAGAGGAGCUAGUGCUGUGGUCAUUUGCUUGGUUAACAUGAAGGGUAAGCAUCCUCUUUGUUUCCUGCCUUUUUUUUUUGUCUUCUUGACAUUGAGCUCCUUGGCAUAUAUUCCCAGUACUGGGCGUGUAGUUUCUGGACUUUUCUCAUGUAAUCCCAAGUUAUUUUCCGGAAAGGUUGAACCAGUACCCCACUUCCGCAGCAAUGCUUUUAGUGUGCCUGCCUCACCUCAAUCUUUCCCUGUGGCCACUGCUUGCCAGAGUGAGUUCUAACCUCCAGAGCCCUCACCACCGUGAAUACCAUUCACAUUUGGGUAGUUAAGAUAAAUAAUCUCAUGUUCUCCACCCCCAACUCAAUUUUCUCUUCAGGCUGACCAUCCCCAGUUCUGCCUCUGUCGUGAUGUCCAGUCCCGUUUCUGGUCUGGUUCACGGCCGUUGGCCAGUGGCAUGGUGUGUGCAGAUAGCAUGCACUGCCUUUUGCAGAUGGGGCAAGAAUGUGUAGAGCCCUUAGAGGAUUCCCUUCUGACAAACUAUACAUGUGCCCCUUCUUGGAAAAGAUGCUGAAAUGGUUCAGAAGGGAAGGGCGGAAGACAGCAGUCUCCUUGCAGGGUAAAGGCUUUUUGCCCAGCAACUAGAAUAGGGGUUCUUAAUCUCGGGUGGCAAAAGAAGUAUUUGGCUGCUAACUGAAAUUUGGGGUUUUCUUCAAUUAUAAAUUUUUUAAAAAACACCUUGCUGAAGAGCUUAUAGGUUUCACUAGAUUGCCAAAAGGUACAUGUUUUGAAAAAGAUGAAGAUUGCCCCAGCAGGGGGUGGCGGCUGUUUUAAAGGCGAAGGUACGUUCUGGUGACAUGGUUGAAAUGUGACAAGAGAAAAGAGGCUGUUGUAGGGUCAUUCAGAGGGAGGGAGAAAUGCUGUUCUCACUACUACUGGGAGAGAGCCUCCUCUGGGCAGAGAGGAGAGAGAAGAGGGGAAUGUAGGGAUCGGAGCUAGGUUAGAAGGAAGGUUGGCUGACUGUCCGCCGCUCUCUAAAGAUUGCUGAUGAGAUAGCGGUUUGACAUCUGACUUUCUGAGAAUUUGCCGCCCUGAAGAUUUCUGGAAAACAGCCCCAGACAUCCUAAUGCGUUGGGGAUGUAACCUCUCAAGCUGGUACAGGAGAGGCAGUCUGAUGGUUUGGAGUCCAAAGCCCUGGAUUUGAAUCCUGUCCAAGUGGGUCUACCACCUGACUUUGCUGUGGCACCUUGGGUGAGUCACUGUCCUUGUGUAAAACGGGAACAAAUCCUUGUGCUAUUUCUCUCCAGAGCCACAAGUAGCAAUUUUCUCACCUGACUCAAGAGGUUCAAAAAGGCCCCUUGAGGACGUCAGUGGUUAGCCUUCUAGUUACUCUAGCUGGUUAGGUACUAAGUGCUUAUAAUCCCAAGGAUGGUGGUCCUCUUUGGGGGGAGGGGUUUAACACCUUCCCUCCUCUCCGCCUCUCACAAAGGCAUGACCCCAGGCGUCAGUUCCUUUUCCUGAAUGUGGUGGGGGAGGCCCAGCCACAAGCUGGGGGUGACAAGGGGCUGGGAUCCUCCACCAUCCUUCCUUCUCGAAGAGGACCAGUGACAUCACGAGAGUGAUGUCUUGACUUGGGCAUUUUACAUCUGUGGGGAAAGGAGCUUUUGGUACCCUUAUGUGACAGUUCUUCAGGAAGGCCUUGUGUUGGGGACUGGGGAUAGCCUAGGAUGCUCAUGGACAAGAGAGGGUGGGAAGUUCUAACAGUGAGGCACCUUGAUGUGGUUUGGCUCCCUCCUGGCCCCACUAGUCCUCCAGAUCUGGCCACUCUUUCCUCCUUGACCCUAAAGCCUAAGGCUAGCUUCCCUUCCACCACAAGGGCAGGUCCUAGGCCAGGAUAGAGGCAGUGAUGGACAGCUAAAGUCCCAGCUGAGCCUGAUGCUUAGUGGUGGGCAGAAAACUACAUGCUUGUCUCAACUCCUGUACCCAGGAACCUAGUGUGUCCAUAGGGAGAAGAGAUACCUAGCUCCACCUUCCCCAAGCUGUAGUGGAAUAGUGGUGGCAUUAGUAUUGGCAUGAGGACAGUGACUACUGAAGAGGUCCCGCGUCUUCCACGAAUGGACUUGUAGCUGUUUCUUCCAUUGACUUUUGGCCUGGGCCCUCUAAAUUCUGAUGCCUGGGGGAAAGCCCUGGUUGCCUUACUCUAAUUAUAGCCCUGAUAAAUUCACAGGUUUAUUGGAAGGUGCUUUGCCAACUGUUAAGUACCAUAGACACCUGAGCCACUGGAAUGGGGUGGGGGCAGGGCCUUAGAACUGCUUCUCCCUUUGUGAGGAGGUGCUAUCCAUGUGCAUUCCAUAACUCCCCUGGGAGAAGGGGCUGGCAGAUCCGAGUUCUGGGGAGACUGUUCUCACUAUGCUAGGGUCCCUGUGCCCUAGGAUUGGGCUGGGGUUCGUCCUCCUCACCCUCGUCCUGGUAGCUGCUCAUCCUUGUUCUCAGAGGUGUCACCCCUCUCCCCUUCCUGAAGAGCCAGUCGCCAUGGAGCUUCCCAACAGCCUGGUGGAUGAUUAUGGGAUCCUUCCUAAGCACCCAGGACGUCGAAUUGUCCACUCCUCCCUCUUGAGAGGCCAGGCACGCAAGCGAGAUGGGCCAGAUUUGUCUGAGUACUACUAUGAUGCCAACCACUAAUGAGAAGGCCCUAUAAAAUUAUUGUCAAGA